AUGCAAAAUGACUUCACACGUCAUUGCGGUAAACUGUGGGAUAAACGAUCUGGCAUCAUCCAGCAUCUGGCGAGAAUAACUCCCAAUAUCGGAGGACCUCACGCGGAAAAAAGAAGACUUCUCGCUUCGGUAGUUCAUUCGACCAUACUCUACGCAUCGCCGAUCUGGGACAGAUCUAUGCGCUUCAAGCAUUACGAAAACAUGCUAGAAAGAAUAAAUAGGAAGUUAACAGUCAGGGUUGCAUCGGCAUACUGCACAUGUCCAACAGUAGCAGUACUGUGUCUUGCUAAGAUACCUCCAGUCCGUCUACUGAUCCAGGAAAGACACCAAAUAUAUAAAAUGGAACUUCCUUCCGGAAAGAGGCCAGAAACAUGGUACUAA